AUGGACGGCGUCCACCGCAAGGUCGAGCUACAGUCGCCCGAGGACUUUGCCUACCUGCUCGGCAACGUGCGGCGCGCCGCCCAGGAGAGCAUCGGCGCCGCCUUCCCGCCCGUCGAGGGCGCCGGCGAGGACGAGCUGCGGGUGCGGAUCGAGGAGCUGGUGAAUGAGUACAUAGCAAAAACAUUCACCCUCGCCGCCCCAAACAUCUCCAUCAACGGCCUCCCCGUCCCGGACUCGCUCCUCCCCAAGCCGCCACCCAAGCCCAACAACGCCAAAAAGAACCGACGCGGCAGGAGCAACAACAACCCCCCUCAAGAAGAGGAGAAGGAGGAGGAGGUCGUGUACGAGCCCUUCGACGCCCGCCUGCGCGACCGCAUCCCCGACCUGCUCCGCGAGGAGGAGGACCUGCUGCGCGAGAUCGCCGCGCUCAAGCGCCGCGUGCCCGCGGCCGCCGCCUCCCGCCUCGCCGACUCGCUGCGCGCCGGCCGCGUCGCGGGGCCCGGGGCCGUGGCGCGCGACCUGGCCGAGCGGUCUGGCGGGGCGCGGACGCGCGUGCUGGACGUGGGGAUAGGCGUGGGCGAGGAGGGUUCGGCAGAGAAUGGCGGCGGCGGUGACGCGCCGGGCGUGCUGCAGAGGCCGGCCGAGGCGGAGCGGGCCUUCGCGUCCGCCGUGGACGGGCUCGCGAGGCUGAAGCGUGACAUGCCCGCCACGGUGGCGCGCAUGGAGAGGGCGCGGGCCGCGGGGACGUACGUCAUUGCCGGCCCCUGA